AUGGUCAAGAAGAAGGUGGACGCGCGCGUCCGUACGCUGCUCGAGAACUGCGUCAAGACGAACCACCGCAGCUUCAUCGUGCUCGUCGGCGACCAUGGCAAGGACCAGGUGGUGAACCUCCACUACAUCCUCUCCAAGACCGUGGUCAAGGCCCGCCCGAAAGUGCUCUGGUGCUACAAGAAGGAGCUCGGCUUCUCGACGCACAAGCAGAAGCGCAUGAAGCAGAUCAAGAAGCAAAUGUCGCGCGGCCUCUACGACAGCAACACGGAAGACCCGUUCGAGCUCUUCAUCUCGUCCACGGACAUUCGGUGGUGCUACUACAAGGAGACGCAGAAGAUCCUUGGCCAGACCUAUGGCAUGUGCGUGCUCCAGGACUUUGAGGCCGUCACGCCCAACAUCCUCGCGCGCACGAUCGAGACGGUCGAGGGCGGCGGCGUCGUCGUGCUCCUCCUCCGCACCAUGUCGUCGCUCAAGAAGCUUUACACCAUGUCCAUGGACGUGCACUCGCGCUUCCGCACGGAGGCCCACCAGGACGUCGUCGCGCGCUUCAACGAGCGCUUCAUCCUCUCGCUCUCGGGCUGCGACAAGUGCCUCGUCCUCGACGACGAGCUCAACGUGCUCCCGAUCUCCAAGCACGCGCGCAACAUUGAAGCGCUGCCGCCGGUCGAAGACGACCUCACGCCCGACAUGCGCGAGCUCGCGGACCUCAAGGAGUCGCUCAAGGACACGCAGCCCGUCGGGUCGCUCGUCGCGCAGGCCAAGACGCUCGACCAGGCCAAGGCGAUUCUCACGUUUGCCGAAGCCAUUUCGGAAAAGACGCUGCGCUCGACCGUGACGCUGACGGCCGGUCGUGGUCGCGGCAAGUCGGCGGCGCUGGGUAUGUCGCUCGCCGCGGCCGUCGCGUACGGCUACAGCAACAUCUUUGUGACGGCGCCGUCGCCGGAGAACCUCGGCACGGUCUUUGACUUCGUCUUCAAGGGCUUUGACGCGCUCAAGUACAAGGAGCACCUCGACUACGAGAUCAUCCAGAGCACUAACCCCGAGUUCAAUCGCGCGGUCGUCCGCGUCAACAUCUUCCGCGAACACCGCCAGACGAUCCAGUACAUCCAGCCGCACCACCACGAAAAGCUCGCGCAGGCCGAGCUCCUCGCGAUUGACGAGGCGGCCGCGAUCCCGCUCCCGGUCGUCAAGAACCUCCUCGGACCGUACCUCGUCUUCAUGUCGUCGACGAUCAACGGCUACGAAGGGACCGGUCGGUCGCUCUCGCUCAAGCUCAUCCAGAAGCUCCGCGAGCAGCAGGGCUCGGCGGGCAUGGCGGCCCAGCACGCCAUGUCGUCGAUCCACGGCGACAACAAGACGCGCAAGGGUGAGCGCAAGCUCCACGAAGAGCGCUGGCAGGCCGCGAGCGCGGCCGCCCAUCAGCACAUGGCGGCGCCGCAGACCGCUGCCGGUGGCGGCCGCGUCCUCCGCGAAGUCACGCUCGAGAUUCCAAUCCGGUACGCGCAAAACGACGCGGUCGAAAAGUGGCUCAACAACCUGCUCUGCCUCGACUGCGGGAGCACGCCCCAGCGCAUCAUGGGCGGCACGCCGCACCCGCGCGAGUGCGAACUCUACUACGUCGACCGCGACUCGCUCUUCUCGUACCACAAGCUCUCGGAGAACUUUCUGCAGCGCCUCAUGUCGCUCUACGUCGCGUCGCACUAUAAGAACCAGCCGAACGACCUGCAAUUGCUCUCGGACGCGCCGGCGCACCACAUCUUUGUGCUCCUCGGCCCCCAAGCCGAGGGCCAGGGCAACGCCGGGCAGCUCCCGGACGUCCUCUGCGUCGUGCAAAUCGCGCUCGAAGGCGAGAUCUCGAAAGAGUCGGUGGCCGCCCAGCUCUCGCGCGGCCAGCGGGCGAGCGGCGACUUGAUCCCGUGGACGGUCGCGCAGCAGUUCCAAGACAACGAGUUUGCAGGUCUCUCGGGCGCCCGCGUCGUUCGCAUUGCGACGCACCCAGAUGUCACCAACAUGGGCUACGGGUCGCGCGCGAUCGAGCUCCUCACCAAGUACUACCAAGGCGAACUCGCCAGCGGCGACUUGGACGCGUCCGACGACGAAGCCGAGAAGAAGUCCAAGAAGUCCAAGAAGGACGACGACGACGACAACUCGGACGACGAAGGCAACCUCCUCAAGGAAAAGGUCAAGCCCCGGAAGGCGCUGCCGCCGCUCCUCCUCCCGCUCACGGACCGCCCGGCCGAGCGUCUCCACUGGUUUGGCACGUCGUUUGGCUUGACGUUGCCGCUCUACACGUUCUGGUCGCGCGCGGGCUUCCGCUCUGUGUACAUUCGCCAGACGGCGAACGCGCUCACGGGCGAGCACACGGCGAUCAUGCUCAACGCGCUCAAGUGCGACGACCUCCCGGCGUCGCCGUCGACCGGCUGGCUCGACGAGUUUGUCGGCGAUGCGCGCAAGCGCUUCAUGGCGCUCCUCUCGUACGAGUUCCGGUCGCUCCCGCCGACGCUGGCGCUCAGCCUCCUCUCGGACGCCAAGACCAAGUCGGAAGACGCCGCGAACCUCCUCCGCGUGUCGUCGGGUCUGAUUUCGUCCAACGACCUCCAGGUCUCGUUGACGCCGUUUGAUAUCAAGCGCCUCCAGAGCUACGCCAAGAACAUGGUCGACUACCACAUGAUUGUCGACUUGAUCCCGUCGGUCGCGCGCUUGUACUUUUUGAACCGCCUCCCGGAGACGACGCUCUCCAUCGGCCUCCAGCACCAGAGCGUCGACACGCUCGUCUCGGAGCUCAACGUGCCCUCGAACCAGCUCCUCGCGCUCUUCAACAAGAGCGUGCGCAAGUUUGCGACUGCGUUCAACGGCAUCCUCGAGGCUGAGGUCGAGGAGACGAUCGCGGCGCCGACCGAGGUCGCGACGAUGGCCCCGACGACGCUCACGCUCGAGGAAGACCUCGCGGACGCGAAAGACCAGGCGCUCAAGAAGCUCAAGCAGAAGGAGCUCCUCGAUACGCUCAAUUUGAACCAGUACGCGGUGCGCGGCGACGACGCGGACUGGGCCGCGGCCCUCAACGAGAAGAAGGACCCGACGGCCAAGGGCGUCUCAGUCAAGAACCCCAAGAAGAUGGCCAAGAAGCGCGAGGCCAACGAGAGCGCCGACGCCAAGGACGAGAGCAAGGCCAAGAAGUUCAAGAAGGGCGGCGCGCCGGCCAAGGGCAAGAAGUCCAAGUAUGCCAACCUCAAGUAA